AUGGGUCAACCUCAGGACAUUUCGACGGAAGCAGUCACAGCUACAAAUGUCAUCCAAACCAACGAAGAGCUGAAGGCGAAGCCGCAUAAGUGGUACUACUACCUCUGGGAUACCUUGGACAAGCCGAAAGAAGAGCGAUGGUUCAUGUUCAAGCUCGACGCCGCUCUACUCACCUUCGCGUCGUUGGGGUACUUCAUCAAGUACCUUGAUCAGAUGAACAUCAACAGCGCUUUUGUCUCUGGAAUGAAGGAAGAUCUUGGGCUUUACGGCAACCAGCUCAACUAUAUGCAAACUUGUUGGACUGUGGGCUAUGUCAUCGGCGAGAUACCCAGCAACAUCAUUUUGACUCGCAUUCGACCGUCGAUUUGGAUACCCGCAAUGGAGCUUACUUGGGCUGUCUUGACGUUCUGCCUUUGCCGUGCCAACAACGCCGAAACAAUCUACGCUCUACGCUUCCUUAUCGGCCUUGCCGAGAGCACUUUCUACCCAGGCAUGCAAUACAUCAUCGGAUCGUGGUACCGGAAGGAAGAGCUCGCCAAGAGAUCUUGUAUCUUCCACACCAGCGGUGCCAUCGCGACCAUGUUCUCCGGUUACCUGAUGGCCGGUGUGUACAAGCUCGACGGCAAAGGCGGUUUCAGGGGCUGGCAAUGGCUCUUCAUCGUGGAUGGGAUAAUCUCUCUCCCUAUCGCGGUCCUCGGCUUCUUCUGUCUGCCCGAUUUACCAGAGAUCUCGAAGCCCUUCUACCUGACCAAAGAGGAGGUUGCAUUUGCGCAGGAGCGCAUGCGACUCGAAGGCCGGCAGAAGCGGAAGCCAUAUACCCGAGCCAAGAUACGGAAGAUCUUUACUUCCUGGCACAUCUGGGCUCUCGUCCCGCUUUAUGUGUUCUUCAAUAACGCUAGUAUGGGAUCGCAGCCGAUCUUUCAGCAGUUCCUCAAGGCGAGUAAGGACCCGAAGUAUACCGUCAGUGAGAUCAAUACCUACCCGACAACGACCAAUGCCGUGCAAGUCGUCACAACACUACUAUACGCCUGGACGAGCGACAGUAUCCUCAAAGGCUCCAGAUGGCAACCCAUCGUCUUCGGCGGCUGCAUGAACAUCAUCUGCUCCACCAGCCUCGCAAUCUGGGAUAUCCCCAUCAAGUGGAAGUGGGCUUGCUAUAUCCUCUCCGGUUUCGGUGGCGGUCUCUCUGGCUUGUGCUUUGCAUGGGCACACGAGAUAUGCACACACGAUAACGAAGAGAGAGCCAUUGUUGUCGCGGCUAUGAACGAGAUGGCUUAUGUGAUACAGGCUUGGCUGCCGCUUCUUGUUUGGAGGCAGGUUGAGGCGCCGCAGUAUCGGAAGGGAUUUAUUACGGUUGCGUUCUUGAGUGCGGCGCUGAUUGCGACUGCGCUUACGAUUCGACUGCUUUAUGCGAGAGAGUUGGUUAAGACGGGUGAGGGUCAGGCUUCUGAAAGUGAGGAACGGACGAGUUCUGAUGGAGAAACGACGGGUCUGGGGAGCGAUGGGGAUGUUGGUCAGAUCAAAGCGCCUUGA